CAUUCGGCUCAUGGCCCUGAUUUCCUGUGUCCUGGUUUUAGACCCUGUCUGAGAAAUAAUUUACUGAAAUGCUCGAUUUCAUUCCCCAGACUUCCAUAUAAUUUGCAGCGAGUUUUUCAUUCUUCUACCGAGUAGAAGACCCCCUCCUUUUGUUCAGCUUCUAAAGCAACAAGCUCAUUGGUUGUAGUUCUCACUAGAUAAAGAGAAAGAGAGAGAGAGAGAGAGAGGGGGUUGGAGUAAUGGGAGAAGGCAGAGAAGGGGACUGGGAGUGCAGCGGAUGCAAGAACAGGAACUACGCUUUUAGAUCCUUUUGUAACAGAUGUAAGCAGCCUCGUCUUCUUGUUGACACCAAAACUCCAGCUGACUCUAAGUGGCUCCCUCGUAUAGGUGAUUGGAUCUGCAGUGGUUGCACUAACAACAAUUAUGCAUCGAGAGAAAAGUGCAAAAAGUGCGGGCAACCAAAGGAGAUAGCAGCAAUGCCAGCAAUUGCAAUCCCUGGAGCUUCUCUCCCAACUUAUUCCCAUUAUUUUGCCAGGGCCCUAGGAGCACUGGAACAAAAGAUAAAUGUUGGAGUUGUAGGCAGUGGUGCUCCCCAGCGCUCGCUUCCUUUGAGUUCCAACUGGUCUGUAGUGGGGGCUGAUAAUUGUGGACUUCAGUCAGCGUCUACAUGGCCUCUUGCUGGAAACCAAACUUCCAGGUUUCCUUGUAAUCAGUCUCUUUCUGUUCCAAAAGGAUGGAGAAAUGGUGACUGGAUGUGCAACUGUGGCUUCCAUAAUUACUCUUCACGUUCGCAGUGCAAAAACUGCAAUGCAUCUAUAUCACGAGCCCUUGGAACCAAGCGAUUAGCAUCUGAAGAAUUUGUACAUAACUGGGAUAACAAAAGAUUGAAUUCAGGACAUGGUACUGAGCAGCCACAGCUGUAUCCUGGGUUUGAGCAAAUGAUAGAAGCUAAUACUGACCCAAAAUCUGGGGCAUAUCCUCCCGGUGCAGCUUCAAAUUGGCAGUUUCCAAUUCCAUUUCCUCAGCUAGCUGCAGCACCAACCCUUCUUGGAAAAGGAGCAAAGCAAUGGCGUAGUGGAGAUUGGAGGUGCACAAAGUGCAACAAUCACAACUAUGCAUCUCGAGCUCAAUGCAAUAGGUGUAAGACUCAGAGAGACACUGUCGCUGAGCCGGUCAAUGCUGCAUAGUCAUCAUUGAAUGCAGGUUUUGAUUCUUGAGGGAUAUUUCUAGUACAUUGGCCAGGCUCUUCUUUUUUUUUGUUUUUUGUUUUUCCAUGUACAACAAAAACCAAAGCUCACUAUAGGUUUAGAUUCAUUUUUUGUGUUUGUGAUUGUGAUUAUGAGUUCCCUCGGGGGAGCUUUAUAUAACUAUUGUUUAAUGCUAGAUUGUAUAACUUGACUGGUUGAAUUGGGGACAUAUAA